GCCUGCGCCUACCAGCCUGUUGAGCCUGUAGUGUAGAGACUCAUGCCUAAGGUUAUAUAAAUAGGUGAAGAGGGGCAGCGGAGAGCUCUUGCACUUUCCUGAGCGAACAGCGCGACUCGGCGGCCAGUCCUCGGCGAGCGUCAUGGCUCGACACGCGUACUUGUGCCUCGGGCUUUUGUUGCUUGCUUGCUACGUUAGCGGCGAGCGUGUGAAGCGACAGGACGAAGACAACCCCUCCGAUGAUGUGAACGCCGAACAAUUGUGCGAGGGCCGCCCCGCCGACGAGUACUUCCGACUCACUGUGGAGGGCGACUGUCGCGACGUCGUCAGGUGCGACAAGGGCGGCGAGAACGGCGUCACCAGGCUCGCCUCAGUGCGCUGCCCCGGGGGACUCGCCUUCGAUAUCGACCGCCAAACCUGUGAUUGGAAAACACAUGUUAAGAAUUGUGACAAAUUAGAAAAACCAAGGAAAAUUUUACCAAUCUUAAAAACCGAUGAGCCUAUUUGCCCAGAAGGAAAAUUGGCCUGUGGAAGUGGAGACUGUAUAGAAAAGGAAUUGUUCUGCAAUGGAAAACCCGACUGCAAAGACGAAUCUGACGAAAACGCCUGCACUGUCGACGUAGAUCCAAACAGAGCUCCCGACUGUGACCCUAAUCAGUGCACACUACCUGAUUGUUUCUGCUCAGCUGAUGGGACGCGUAUUCCUGGCGGAAUCGAGCCCAAUCAAGUUCCUCAGAUGAUUACCAUUACCUUCAACGGAGCCGUGAAUGUUGAUAACAUUGACUUGUACGAACAAAUAUUCAACGGGAACCGCCACAACCCCAAUGGCUGCACAGUACGCGGUACUUUCUUCGUCUCACAUAAGUACACAAACUACGCCGCCAUUCAAGAGUUGCAUCGUAAGGGACACGAAAUCUCCGUUUUCUCUAUUACACACAAGGAUGACCCGCAAUACUGGACUAGCGGUAGUUACGACGACUGGCUUGCUGAAAUGGCUGGCGCACGUCUUAUUGUUGAGCGCUUCGCUAACAUCACUGAUGCUUCCAUUAUCGGUGUUCGUGCUCCUUACCUCCGCGUCGGUGGCAACAAGCAAUUCGAAAUGAUGGCUGACCAAUACUUCGUGUAUGAUGCUUCUAUCACUGCUCCUCUUGGUCGCGUUCCAAUCUGGCCCUACACACUGUAUUUCCGCAUGCCGCACAAGUGCAACGGCAACGCACAUAAUUGCCCAUCUAGGAGUCACCCCGUUUGGGAAAUGGUUAUGAACGAGUUGGACCGCAGAGACGACCCCACCUUUGACGAAUCUCUUCCCGGUUGUCACGUAGUCGAUUCUUGCUCUAACAUACAGACCGGUGACCAAUUCGCCCGUCUUCUGAGACACAAUUUCAACCGUCACUACAGUACCAACCGUGCCCCGCUAGGUCUGCAUUUCCACGCCUCAUGGCUUAAAUCUAAAAAGGAAUUUAGAGACGAAUUGAUCAAGUUCAUUGAAGAAAUGCUAGAGAAAAAUGAUGUCUACUUCACUUCACUCAUUCAAGUCAUUCAAUGGAUGCAAAAUCCCACAGAGUUAUCAUCUCUCAGAGACUUUCAAGAAUGGAAGCAAGAUAAGUGCGAUGUGAAAGGUCAGCCUUUCUGCUCUUUGCCCAACGCCUGCCCUUUGACUACCAGAGAGUUACCAGGAGAGACACUGCGCCUGUUCACCUGCAUGGAAUGCCCGAACAACUACCCGUGGAUUUUGGAUCCUACGGGAGAAGGUUUCAAUGUUAAGAAGUGAUCUCUUAAAUUAAAUUAAAAGACUGUACACUUAAUGUAAAUAAUACUCAAUACCUAAUGUUAAUAAUAAUUACAUGUUUAUUAUGAAUGUGUGAAAGGCCGAUAACAUUAUGAUCGUUUAUUAUAUCUCUCAACUUGUAACAUCCGACCCACAAGAUAAAUUUGUAUAGAACUGAUAACUUCAUAUCCAAUUUUGGAAUGCCAUUUGCGUGGGCACUAAGUUGACGUCAAACCAUUGCCUUACACUUGUCUCUGCCAGGAUGGAUAGGCGUUAAUAUAUGUAAUAUUAGGCUUACUUAUUACCUACAUAAAAAAUAAAGAAAGGAAAUUUGGA